CUCCAGCUCCCUUUACUACCGCCCCCUCGCUGUAGAACUCAGCCACUGCUUUUACCCGGCGUCGUUAGAGCGAGCUGAGUCGCAUGCGAAGCAUAAACGGAAGACCCGCUGUGUACCCACUGGUACUGUUUCGUAAGAUACGACUGAUCGUUCCGACAUCUCUUCGCAAGCGCUCCACCAUUCGAGGCUCCAGCGCAUUGACUGUGCGUUGGUGAGCGGCGACCAACCUAGGUCUCCCAUAAAGCACGCCGGGCCGGCCCUUUACUAUCUCCCUGCAUGGUGAAACCUUAUUACGUGUAGACGAGAGUAUCUCUGAAAGGGCCUACUUCGAUCUUGUUGCUUACCACAAGCGCCCACGUCAAACUGGCCACACAUCCUGCUCUGAACUGGCCUGGUCAGGCAGGCAUACGAACACCGGCCAUGGUGCCGACACCGCGUGGCACUUACCAAAGCGGCAGCACUGGACGGAGCAAGCCGACUUUAGAGAUUAUACCUGACACUCGCUUCAUCGUCUUCCAUGGCGGCGAGCAUGAGGCGCAGACUGUCCGACUCACGGGCCGGGUGCGCUUCACAGCGCCGGAAGCGAUGAGCAUCCUCAAACCGAAAGUACGACUGGAAGGCAAACGAAAGAUUAGCUGGUGGUUUACGGGCGGUAUCGGCGCUGGUGAGAUUACAGACAAACGCUUAUUCUGGAAUCAGGAGCAGCGACUCGGCAUUGAGACCUCGCACAAGGUAAAGGCCGGCACAAUGGAGUGGCCGUUUGAAUUCGAGCUCUCACCUUCGAUGCCGGAGAGCGUGGAGGGCUUGAAGGAGACAUACAUUGUCUAUCACCUGCAUGCGAGCGUGUCACGGCCUGGCUGGAACGCCAAAGACGUUCUUGCGCAAGAGCACAUUCGCUUGGUGCGAACACUCGGUCAAGAUGCCAUGGAAAUGACACGAUCACGGGUCAAUGCAGAUAUAUGGGCGAACAAGAUCGCGUACAGCAUAUCAAUACCCACCGACGCCAUCGUUUUCGGUACGUCAAUCACGGCCGAUGUGGAGCUCUCGCCGAUCAAGAAGGGCUUGCAGCUGGGCAAGAUCGAACUGAGACUGGUCGAAACUGUGGUAAAGCGAAUACAAGCUAGCGAGGUGCCGGACGUACGAGGAGAUAGAUCCAAGUCGGAGGAGACAGAAGUGGCGAAGGCGGACAUGGAAUUUCCCGAAGAGUCGAAGGUGAUGUACGACGACGAGACUGCCGACAAUCCUACAAUGUCCGAUGAGAUGUACAAGUUCAAGGCUACGCUACCGUUACCGAAGUCGUUGCACCACUGCCGGCAGGAUGUCGAUUCGCACCAGAUCAACGUGACGCACCGCUUCAAGUUGAUGGUUAAUAUCCACAAUCCGGAGGGUCACACUUCACAGCUUGUGUGCAGGUUGCCGGUCAAGCUGUUCAUAUCUCCCAACAUGCCCGUCGACGAGCGGAAUGAGGUGUGCGGAGCGCUAAACGGCGCCUCAGAUGCUGAGCUGAACGAGGGCGAGACGACUGUCGUGGCACCACCGGAGUACGGUCUGCAUCAGCUGGAUCAAAUGUACAGUGACAUAGACCCCUCCGGAUACAUGAGUCGCGCAGGCAGUGGUCCUAACACGCCCGCGGGGCUGUUAGCGCAAAGUCGACGAGGCUCGCAUGACAAUCUGGCGUCCUUGAACGGCGUGGCAAACGGUGAUUCAGAUGGCUCGCCGUUGUCGGAUCAUGGCAGUGCAGUGCCCUCGGCUUUGCAGGCACGACUUGCAGACCUGCAAGCACGAGGACAUAGCAUCAACGCCAGGACACAGGGUGUCCGGUUCGCGGACAGUGUGUCCGGCGGCAACUCUCCUGCCCCAGGCUUGGUGGAUGAGUCGUCACCGGAAGUGAACCAUGACACCGGAUCUGCCCGCGCCUCUCACUUCUCAUCAAGAGCGAACUCCACUCCUAACAGUGCGCCGAUAUCACGGAGAACGUCCGACGACGACCACGUGGAUGAGAUCUAUGUAGAAGAUUACGACAUGACUAGCUUGUCGCGUGUGCCGUCAUAUGGAGCUGCGCUGCGCACACCAGGAGCGGUGACGCCAUACGUGGCAGGCCCGCCCAGUUAUGUUGAAGCCACAAGCCGACCACCAAGCCCUGGUCUACAAAGGCCUGGUCAAGUCCAUGUCCGACAGAGCGGAGGCGGCUCGCCACACAGCAAUAGCAGCCAGCAGACUCUAACAAGAGAAUUGGCCAGUCUGACCAUGACGCAGCCUUCCCGCGCUCACCGGGACAGCAUGCACGAUAGCGAGGAAGCCCGAGUACGAAUGUUACGCGCGAGAACUUAGCAGGAUUUGCGCCAAGGCUUUCGUACUCCUUGGCGGCUUCGCAAUGGGUAUUCGUUGUAACCUAGCGGCCUCAUCUUCAGAGAUACCACAUAGACCAUUGCAAUGCUUUUAGCGACGAUUGGCUUAGGGGGAAUAGCAUGGCGUGGCGUGAUCCAUGCAUCUGCUGUUAGAAUAGCUUGCAGCCUCCGUGUCCUUACCAUGACCCUGCAAUUGCAAUUGACACAUCAGCUCAGUGAACUAUAUC